AGAAAGGCUCCUUUCAGCCUUCUGAUUCGGCCUUAAUUGAAACCAAGUGUCUUACAUCAGCCCAGAGAGCAUCUGACGGACUGAGAGAGAGAGAGAGAGAGAGAAAGGGUCUCUCUCGUUGUAACUGGAAUAAUCCACAAAUGGUCUGAAAAGGAAGAAGACAUCUUAAAAAUUGGAAGUCUGUCUCUGUGCACGUGUUUUGGGAUGAAGCACCUGUGGGACGUUCACUUCCUGCUGCUCAUCCUGCUCUACCUGCUCGGAGCCGUCACACCGCAGGUCAACCCAGGUGUGUGUCGGUAUCCUCUGGGCAUGUCAGGAGGGCAGAUACAGGACGAGGACAUCUCCGCCUCCAGCCAGUGGUCCGAAUCCACCGCUGCUAGAUACGGCAGGUUGGACUUCGAGGAGGGCGACGGCGCCUGGUGUCCGGAGAUAACAGUGGAGCCGGACAGCCUGAAGGAGUUCCUCCAGAUCGACCUUCGCUCGCUCCACUUCAUCACCCUGGUGGGCACCCAGGGGCGUCACGCCGGGGGCAUCGGAAACGAGUUCUCCCAGAUGUACAAGAUCAAGUACAGCCGCGACGGGAGCCGCUGGAUCUCGUGGAGGAACCGGCAGGGCAAGCAGGUGAUCGAGGGCAACAGGAACGCCUACGACAUCGUACUGAAGGACCUGGAGCCGCCCAUCAUCGCUCGCUAUGUCCGCUUCAUGCCCGUCACGGACCACUCCAUGAACGUCUGCAUGAGGGUGGAGCUCUACGGCUGUGAAUGGCUGGACGGUCUGGUGUCGUACAACGCUCCAGUCGGAGAACAGAUGAGCUUACCUGCUUUACCUGCUUACUUCAACGACUCCGUCUAUGACGGUGCUGUCAUCCACAGCAUGACGGAGGGCUUGGGCCAGCUGACGGAUGGCGUGUGCGGCCUGGACGACUUCACGCACAGUCACGUCUACAACGUGUGGCCCGGCUACGACUACGUGGGCUGGACCAACGAGAGCUUCCCCAGCGGAUACGUGGAAAUCAUGUUUGAGUUUGACCGCACGCGCAACUUCACCACCAUGAAGGUGCACUGCAACAACAUGCCCUCGCGGCACGCCAAGGCCUUCCGCCAGGUGGUGUGCUACUUCCGCUCCGAGGCGGACUGGGAGGCCGCGCCGCUCGCCUUCGGCCCCGCGGAGGACGAGGAGAAUCCCGGCGCCCGCUUCGUCACCGUCAACCUGGCCAAUCGCAUGGCCAGCGCCAUCAAGUGCCAGUUCCACUUCGCCGACGCCUGGAUGCUCUUCAGCGAGAUCACCUUCCAGUCAGAUACAGCCAUGUACAACACCACUCUGGCUCCACCCAAGACGGGCCUGCCCCCUAACAUCCAACCAGAGGAUGACCCCACCCACAAAAUAGACGACAGCAACACCCGGAUUCUGAUUGGUUGUUUGGUGGCCAUCAUCUUCAUCCUCGUGGUCAUCAUCGUCAUCAUCCUGUGGAGGCAGGUGUGGCAGAAGAUGUUGGAGAAGGCCUCUCGCCGGAUGCUGGACGAUGAACUAACUGCCAGUUUGUCAAUACAGAGUGAGACGUUCGCUUACACCCACAACCAGUCGAGCACAAUCAGCGAGCAGGAGUCUAAUUCCACCUACGAGCGCAUCUUCCCCCUCGGCCCGGACUACCAGGAGCCGUCGCGCAUCAUAUGUAAGCUGCCGGAGUUUGCUCAAAGCUUAGAGGAGCCCGCUUCCGCCAGCGCGGCAGCUUCCAAAUCCACCGCGGCCGCCGCGGCCGCCGCCGUCCAGGACGGCGCCCCUCACUACGCGGAGGCGGACAUCGUGAACCUGCAGGGCGUGACCGGGGGCAACACGUACGCCAUCCCCGCGCUGGCCAUGGACCUGUUGUCGGGGAAGGACGUCGCCGUGGAGGAGUUCCCGCGCAAGAUGCUCACGUUCAAGGAGAAGCUGGGAGAGGGCCAGUUCGGAGAGGUGCACCUGUGCGAGGCAGAGGGAAUGCAGGAGUUCAUGAACAAGGAGUUUUUAUUCGACAUCCCCGAGGACCAGCCGGUUCUCGUGGCCGUGAAGAUGCUGCGCUCAGACGCCGACAAAAAUGCGAGGAAUGACUUCCUGAAGGAGAUAAAGAUCAUGUCGCGCUUGAAGGACCCCAACAUCAUUCGCCUGCUGGCCGUGUGCAUCUACAGCGACCCCCUCUGCAUGAUCACAGAGUACAUGGAGAACGGGGAUCUCAACCAGUUCCUGUCCCGCCACGAGCCCGAGGGGCAGCUCGCCGUGCUCAGCAACGCGCCGACAGUCAGCUUCAACAGCCUGUGCUACAUGGCGGCUCAGAUCGCGUCGGGGAUGAAGUACCUCUCCUCUCUGAACUUUGUGCAUCGGGACUUGGCCACGCGGAACUGCCUGGUGGGCAAGAACUACACGAUAAAGAUAGCCGACUUCGGCAUGAGCAGAAACCUGUACAGCGGGGACUACUACCGCAUCCAGGGCCGGGCGGUGCUGCCUAUACGCUGGAUGUCAUGGGAGAGCAUCCUGCUGGGUAAGUUCACCACGGCCAGCGACGCGUGGGCCUUCGGGGUCACCCUGUGGGAGAUACUAAACUUCUGCAAGGAGCAGCCCUACUCCCAGCUCACCGACGAGCAGGUGAUAGAAAACACCGGGGAGUUCUUCAGGGACCAGAAAAGACAGAUCUACCUGCCUCAGCCUGUGCUGUGUCCAGACUCGCUCUACAAGAUCAUGCUGAGCUGCUGGAGGAGGAACACAAAGGAGCGACCCUCCUUCCAGGAAAUACACCGAGCCCUCCUGGAAAUGCAGCCGUAA